GUGGCUGACACACUAAGCCGGGUCCAGACUUGUUGCGUAUCCCCGUUGGAAAAUGAUACGCAACGGGCUGUUCGCUUGCUUGGCCGUCUUUUCCCGUCGCAUCAAAGGGACGACUCGGGUUGCAGUGGUGCCAGUCUGGGGCGGCUGCAUCGCGCUUUGCUUAUCAGCUCCAGACAGUUGGAGUGUAGUCAUCACCAGUGUGCGUUCUUCUGUUUGUGAUUCUCUGUUUAUAUACUCUGAAUGGAGUGGAGUAAGGAGAGCAUUAUAUAUUUAAUUGAUGAAUAUAAAAAGAGGGAUGUUAUUUGGAAUACCCGAAACACAGAACAUUACAAUAAAAUAAAAAAGCAGGACGCCUGGGAGGAGAUAGGAAAGGAACUGAACAGAUCAGUUGAGGAAUGUAAAAGAAAAAUGGAGUACUUGCUGGCUUCACUAAGGAGAGAGAGAAUGAAGAUGAAGAAACAGACGGGAACGGGAAAAGGAGCAGAUGAAGUCUACAAAAGUUCCUGGUUCGCAUUUGAAAGCCUGCGAUUCAUCUGGGAUAAGAAUAAAUCAAGACCAACACUGUCGACGGUUCCGAGAGAAUGUGAGACAGAGACAGUUGAAGGCGGCGACGACCACGACGAAGAACCCCGGCACACAUCCACGAGAAAAAAACGGAAGGUCUGUGAUGACGACCAGCGACUUGACAAAGCUUUCAAAAUAUUAACAGCAUCAACCAACGAAAAGAAGGACUGCCAACACUUUGGAAAUUUGGUCGCCUGCAAAUUGAGGGCAUAUGAUGAAUCUAUUCGCUGUGCUAUCCAAAACGAUAUCAUGCGUAUUUUCCUUAGGGCAAGCAGUGGUUUUUAUAAAAAUUACAACACUGCGACUUACGGAACAGGCCCAAAUUCUUUCCUCUACUACAAAGGGCCACCAAAUGCCCACUACCCUUCUUCUUCUUCCCCUCAGUUUUUUCCCAGCAACAAACAGCAACCUUUCCUGAAUACACCUUCAACAGUUUCCUUCCCUCAAUCUCCUUCACCAGGUACGGCCUCAGAAGACGACUUACUUAUUCAGGACAUUGUAUAAAUGUGUUCAUGUAACGAUUUUACACAAGUGCCUUUAAUGCAGAAAUGCCUGCAUCAAAAUUAAAUUAAUGAAACAAAUCAAUAUUUCACAUUUAGUUUUGCUGUAAUCUGCAAGCUCUAUUUUAUUUCAGAAAUAUCAAAUAAAGUAAUCAAGA